GGGAACCCCGCGAAGUUUCCCACCUCCCAUCCCCUCUUCUCCCCUCGUGCGGCCGUCAAACCCCGUCGCCGCCGUCAAACCCAGCCUGCUAACGGCGGCGCGGACGGCGCUAAUCCGAAUAUAUAAUCCCCCGCCCCCGCGGCUCUCCUCCCCACACACCAAGAGCAAGAGCGAGAGGAUCACUCCCAGAAUCACCGGCUAAGCUUAAGCUCCCUCGUGAUCUCAAAACCACCUCUUUUUCCCCCCACUUUCCACCUCGUGCUCACCGACGGGGUCCCUCCCUGCCAUGGAGGCCGUCGGCGUCGCCCCCGCCCCCGCGGCGGUGGCGGUGGCGGAGCAGAAGAUGAAGCUUCUCGAGCCGAGGAAGGAGCCCCUCGCCUCCGCCGCCGCCGCCGCCAAGGCGCCGUGCAAGUGGGCGAUGAAGAAGAAGCUCGUGGGCGGCGACGCCGGCUACGUGCUCGAGGACGUGCCCCACCUCACCGACUACAUGCCCGAGCUCCCGACGUACCCGAAUCCACUCCAGGACAACCCUGCCUACUCGGUCGUCAAGCAGUACUUCGUCAACACGGACGACACCGUCACGCAAAAGAUUGUUGUUCGCAAGACCAGUGCGAGAGGCACACACUUCCGGCGCGCCGGGCCGCGGCAGAGGGUCUACUUCCAGCCCGAUGAGGUGAACGCCGCCAUCGUCACCUGCGGCGGCCUCUGCCCCGGGCUCAACACGGUCAUCCGCGAGCUCGUCUGCGGGCUGUACGACAUGUACGGUGUCACCAGCGUCGUUGGCAUAGAGGGUGGAUACAAGGGCUUCUACUCUCGAAACACCGUUACAUUGACACCCAAGUCAGUGAAUGACAUCCACAAGAGAGGGGGGACCAUUCUUGGAACUUCAAGGGGAGGACAUGACACUGCCAAAAUUGUGGAUAGUCUUCAGGACCGUGGCAUUAACCAGGUCUACAUUAUUGGAGGUGAUGGUACCCAGCAAGGCGCUUCCGUAAUAUAUGAGGAAGUACGUAGACGGGGCCUCAAAUGUGCAGUGGUUGGUGUCCCAAAGACCAUAGAUAAUGAUAUCGCGGUGAUUGACAAAUCUUUUGGAUUUGACACUGCUGUCGAGGAGGCUCAAAGAGCUAUCAACGCUGCUCAUGUUGAAGCUGAAAGUGCAGAGAAUGGCAUUGGUGUUGUGAAGUUAAUGGGCCGCAACAGCGGGUUCAUCGCAAUGUAUGCUACUCUAGCUAGUCGUGAUGUGGAUUGUUGCUUAAUCCCAGAGUCUCCCUUCUACCUUGAAGGAAAAGGGGGCCUCCUUGAGUUCGUCGAGAAACGGCUCAAGGACAGUGGGCAUAUGGUCAUUGUGGUGGCCGAGGGUGCUGGCCAAGAUCUUAUAGCCCAAAGCAUGAAUUUUGUGGACACUCAGGAUGCUUCUGGAAAUAAGCUGCUUCUGGAUGUUGGCCUUUGGCUAUCCCAGAAGAUCAAGGAUCAUUUCAAGAAGAAGACUAACUUCCCCAUAACUCUCAAGUACAUUGACCCGACAUACAUGAUCCGCGCGGUCCGGUCAAACGCCUCGGACAACGUCUACUGCACUCUGCUUGCGCACAGCGCCCUCCAUGGCGCCAUGGCAGGAUACAGUGGCUUCACCGUCGCGCCCGUGAAUGGCAGACACGCUUACAUCCCAUUCUAUAGAAUCACCGAGAAGCAGAACAAGGUCGUGAUCACUGAUAGGAUGUGGGCGAGGGUGCUGUGCUCGACGAACCAGCCGUGCUUCCUCAGCCACGAGGACGUGGAGAACAUGAAGCACGACGACGACGAGCGCCACCACCUGCACAACACGCAGCUCCUCGACGGCGCACCGGCAAAGUGUUCACCCAACUGUAAUGGAUCAGCUGGAGCAGAGUGAGAGGCACAAAGCUAUUGGGAUUUGGGAUGGAUAUAUUGAGCAUGUGUAGUUAUAGCCAUCUUUUUUUUAACUUUCUCUUGUGUUUUUUUUAGCUUGCCUUGUAGUAGAGACUUCACCGAAGAAUUACUGUAUAAUUAUAAAUAAGGGUUCCACGAUAGCAA